CAGGACGUACACGUUAUGGUGUACAUUGGAUUCGGUUUCCUAAUGACCUUCCUGAAGCGCUAUGGUUACGGCGCUACGGGGUUCACGUUUCUUCUCAGCGCCAUCGUAAGCCAGUGGGCCAUCUUUACGAGGGGCAUCUGGCGUCUCGACGGCUCAAAGAUACGCAUUGACAUCGAGAGUAUACUGGGAGCGGAGUUUGCUGCGGUGACAUUUCUGAUAUCGUACGGUGCAGUCUUGGGAAAGACGAGCAUCAUUCAGCUGUCAACGAUGGCACUAACAGAGACUGUCCUUGGAUCCUGCAACGAAUAUCUGGGGGCAGAAGUCUUCAGGGCAAUGGAUGCUGGAGGCUCAAUCUUUCUGCACUCAUUUGGCGCCUACUUCGGCCUUGGGGUUGCCUUUGUCCUUCACAGGAAAGACGCACUGGGCCACCGCAACGAAUGCUCAUCGUAUCAGUCGGACGUGUUCGCCAUGAUCGGCACGAUGUUCCUGUGGAUGUUUUGGCCCAGUUUCAAUGGCGUGGCUAUUCAUGGUGCAGAGAGACAUCGUGCAGUUGUAAACACCUACCUAUCGAUGUCUGCAUCGUGCGUAAUCGCAUUUGCCAUUUCUGCGUCUUUUGACGAGCUGGGCAGGCUCAACAUGGUUCAUAUACAAAACUCAUCACUGGCUGGUGGAGUCGCUGUUGGAAGUGUGGCACAUGUCAUAACAGAACCUCACAGUGCUGUUAUUAUUGGAAUGACUGCUGGAGCUCUUUCUGUAUUCGGCUACAAGUACAUCUCACCUUUCCUAGCCAACUCCUGGCGUACGCACGACACUUGUGGGGUUCACAACCUUCACGGCUUGCCCGGUGUGCUUGCUGGCAUUACGAGCAUUAUCGUCGCGGCAUCAGCUACAUGGAAUCACUACGGAGAGAGCCUCUACUUGCUGUAUCCUGCGAGGGUUCCCGCGGCAAACUCAACGGCGUACACCCGUAUGAACACCACCUUGCCAGUUGUGCCAGGCCUCGGAAGGACAGCAGCUGAACAAGCCCUCUAUCAACUGUGCGCACUUUGUGCAACUAUUGCAAUCGCUGUAGCCGGCGGAGUGGCCACGGGGCUGUUGAUACGUUUGGAUUCUUUUAACGUGGUCAGCUCCCAUGUCCUCUAUGAGGACGGUCUACACUGGAAGGUCGCGGAACCUGACGCUCCUCCAGUGAUCCAAAUGAGUCAGAAGAGCAGGCUGCCUCACUUGAACUUGCCUCACCUCCAACCCUUCAGCCUUUUACUCUUCAUCCCGUUCUGUAGAGCCCUCCCACGUGCGAACGACAACGGCGAGUCAGUUUCGACAUUGCCACCACUACCAUUUGGAGCCACCACUACCAUUGACUCGGAUGCACCCUAG